AGCUAGGCCUCCUAAGCCAGGGAUUGUGGGUUCGAGUCCCAUCUGGGGUGGAAAUCUUUUAAACGCUUCUUAGCGAUCCAACAGGUGACACAAAAGCUUACUGCAGGCCUAUAAAAACAAGAACGCUAUGCGAAUCGGCAUUUAGACUUUAAGCAGGUGGAAAUUUUGCUAUAGCUCUUCAGUCAUUACCUGCCACUGAGUACUUAGCGUUAGCUUUGGUUAUAAAUUAGAUUGCGAAUGUGUUAAUCAGAUCCAGACAGUAAAUUAAAACAUGCAUCGGUUUGCACGGGGGUUUGUUUUGUGCGUCCUAACGGCGACCUUCGUGAAGGCUCAGCAUGUUCAGAGAGCCACCGUAUAUUGGGAUGCUGUUCAGAGGUCUGUGGAGCUGAAAGAGGGUGCAAUGGAAGAGGAGGGAGAUGCACUUGGUUAUUUCAAUGAUAGUUUAUCUGUUUCUGGAUGGGGAGUGCUGGAAGUGCAGGCUGGUUAUGGACAAUUCCAGGAAAACGAUGAGAUUACAUAUUUCUUGGCCGGAUACCUUGAAGGAUACCUUACAGCCUCACAGAUGAUAAACCAUUACUAUAAUAUGUAUCCUCAGAUGAUAAAGGAUAAUAGUGUUAUGAAACAUCUGAAAUGCUUUAUGAGUGAGCAAGACUCGUGGACAAGAACACACGUGAAAUUAAAUGGGAAGACUGAUGCUUUGUGGCAUCAUGUGGGACUUCUAGUGGCUCAGAUGGAUGGACUGCAUGCUGGGGCAGCACACUGGGCCAAAAGUAGACAGGAAAAGCCUCUGUCCAUGUUUGCGGUUCAGUUCCUCAAUGGUAUUGGGGAUUUGCUAGAUUUGAUCCCUGUUCUCAAAAGGCGUUCCAACUCUUCUUCUGACUCCUUCAGAAUGCCAGGCAUGAGUCACUGUUCUGCUCUCAUCAAGAUGUUACCUGGCUAUGAGAAUCUGUUGCUUGGUCACUCCAGCUGGUACAGCUAUGCUGCAAGCAUGAGAAUCUACAAGCACUGGGACUUGAAAAAUAAACAUAAUGGCACAAGCCGACUGUCCUUUAGCAGCUACCCUGGGAUCUUGUCAUCUCUGGAUGAUUUUUAUUUGCUGGGAACAGGAUUGCUUGUAACUCAAACCACAAACGACGUGUUCAACUCCUCUCUGUUCUCCCUGGUGACCCCAGAGGCUUUGCUUGCCUGGCAAAGGGUGCGUGUAGCACAUGCGCUGGCCUGCACAGGGAAGCAAUGGGCCCAAAUAUUUUCCAAGCACAAUUCGGGGACCUACAAUAACCAGUAUAUGGUGCUGGAUCUGAAAAGAGUUUCACUUGGAAAGCAGAUUGAGGAUUGGAGUCUGACUGUUGUGGAGCAGAUUCCUGGUUUGGUGGUGUACUCGGAUCAGUCACAAGCGCUACGUCAUGGUUACUGGGCAUCCUACAACAUACCUUUCCACUCAGACAUUUACCGAAUGAGUGGUUAUGGUGUGAUGUGGAAAAAGUACGGGGAAGACUUCUCAUAUGACCUCUGUCCACGUGCUAAAAUUUUCCGCAGGGACCAGGGAAAAGUCACUAAUCUGGACACCUUGAAAUACAUUAUGAGGUACAAUGAUUUCAGAAAGGACCCAUAUUCAAGGAAGCAUCCUUGUAAUUCCAUCUGCUGCCGAAAUGACCUGAGACUUCGACGACCUCAUCCAGAGGGGUGUUAUGAUACAAAGGUUACAGAUUAUCACAUGGCCCAGAUAUUUUCAGCUGAAGCUGUGAACGGACCCACUACUCAGAAUGGUCUUCCACUUUUCUCUUGGAGCCGUUUUAAUCGGACAGCUCAUCAUGGGCUCCCUCAGACGUACAACUUUACAUUCAUCAGCAUGCAGCCUUUGCUCUUUGGUUCCAGAGAUCAAGCCAAGACUGAUAGUAGUUUUGUACAGUGUAUGAACAGCAGUCUAGAGGAUACAAAUGCAAGACUUGGAAAGGAUUUAAUUGACUUAGCAUCAGAUAUUUACCAGCAGCUUCAUAAAGUCAUGGGGUACAUUUUUGCCACAUAAAAAAUUUUGUGCAACUGAAUGUAUAAUACUUCCAAUUAGUGCUGGACAUGUUUAUGCAAUAAAAGACUACAGUAACAAAUAUUUGCCCUAACUUGUAUAAUUUGUGUUAAUGACAAAGCUCAUAGACAUGAAUAUUAACAAAUUACCAAUAAAAUGUAUCAAUGCAGUCAUUUAAGAUUAAGAUAAACUGAGCUGAACAGUGUCAGACUAAGCAGUGUUAGCGUACUUUUACACUGAAGAAAGUAAUAGUAUGGAUAGAGGACCUGUCAAGUUAAAAAUGUCCUCUAAUGAUAGAUUUGUUUAUUACAAACAGAGCUCAUUUCACAACACAUUAAUUGGAGAUGGACUGGUGUUGCGUGGAUUACUUGUAGAUUAUUGUAAUGUAUUUAUCAGCUGUUUGGACUCAUUCUGACGGCACCCAUUUGCUGC